AAAGAGAAGGAAGGCUUCUCAUUUAUUGACGACCAAACUUAGCACUGCCGCAACAAUGAAACGCAAGCUCGACGGCAACGAUGUGCCCGCACCUGUAGAAGAGACCAAGGCUCAAGAAAGUAACUCAUUUGCAGACCUUGGCCUCGAUGCGCGACUCCUCCAAGCUAUCGCCAAACAGAACUUCAAAGCCCCUACCCUGGUUCAAAAGAAAGCUAUACCUCUAGCAAUAAAGGGACGGGACGUACUUGCCAGAGCAAAGACGGGAUCAGGAAAGACUGCUGCUUAUCUUCUCCCUAUCUUGCAUGCUAUCCUCAAGCAAAAAGAAAUAUCUACCAAGCCUUGCACAGCCGCCCUCAUCCUCGUCCCAACUCGCGAGCUUGCCGACCAAGUCUUUAAGGCCGUGGAAUUGUUCACAUCGUUCUGUGCGAAGGAUGUUAGAGCUAUCAACCUCACACAAAAGGUCUCCGAUGCCGUUCAAAGAUCGCUCCUCGCAGAUGCUCCCGAUAUCGUUGUCGCGACACCUGCCCGCGCAGCAUUAAAUAUCAACACAUCAGCUCUCUCCCUGGAUAACCUGACUCACUUGGUUAUUGACGAGGCGGACCUUGUUCUUUCAUACGGGUACGAUGAGGAUUUACAGAAUGUCGCCAAAACCAUGCGCAAAGGAGUUCAAACGAUAUUGAUGAGCGCGACACUGACAAGCGAAGUCGAUACCCUUAAAGGCCUGUUUUGUCGCAACCCCGCUGUUUUGAAACUGGACGAACAAAAUGACGAAGGCGAGGAGAUUAGCCAAUAUGUGGUGAAAUGUGCAGAAGACGAAAAGUUCCUCCUGAUCUACGUUAUCUUUAAGCUCAAGCUCAUCAAGGGCAAGUGCAUUGUUUUCGUUCAAGACAUUGACCGCUGUUACCGAUUGAAGCUUUUCCUCGAACAAUUCGGCAUCAAGAGUUGUAUUCUCAACUCCGAACUCCCAGUCAACUCCCGUAUCCAUGUCGUGGCGGAGUUUAACAAGAACGUCUAUGAUAUCAUUAUUGCAAGCGACGAGUACGAAAUAAUCGGCGACGAAGAGGACGCACCAAGAGUCCAAGAGCUUGAAGAGGCCACCCCUGAAGAGCCCAAGAAGGCUGCUGGUGAUGAUGAGAUGGAAGUCGACGUUGCAGAAAGCGAGGAGGUCGUGAAAGAAGAGAAACCGGCAAAGAAGAAGCGCAAGCAAGCGAAACGUGACAAGGAAUACGGUGUCUCACGUGGAAUCGAUUUCAAGAAUGUCGCCUGCGUGUUAAAUUUCGACUUCCCCACCACCUCAAAAUCAUAUACCCACCGCGUGGGCCGUACAGGUCGUGCUGGGCAAUCCGGCAUGGCACUUUCUUUUGUUAUUCCAGCAGAUCAAUACCGCAAACACAAGCCCACAUCAGUUGAGUCCUGCAAGCACGACGAGGAGGUGCUCGCGAAGAUCAUACGCCACCAAACCAAAAAGGGCAAGGAGGUAAAGCCAUACAACUUCGACAUGAAGCAAGUUGAGGCAUUCCGGUACCGAAUGGGCGACGCACUGCGUGCGGUCACUCGGAUCGCUGUGCGUGAAGCUCGGACGCGCGAGCUGAGGCAGGAGUUGAUGAAGAGUGACAAACUAAAGAGGCAUUUCGAGGAGAACCCAGAGGAUCUGCACCACUUGCGACACGACGGAGAGUUGCGUGCCGCAAAGGUUCAGGGGCACAUGAAGCACGUCCCCAGCUAUCUAAUGCCGAGCGGUGGGCAGAAAGCAAUCACGGGAGAAUUAGGCAUUGUCGGGAUCAGGAAGGAGAGCGAGAACAGAAUUCGUAAGGCGAGAGCGGCGAACAAAUCCAAGGGAAGAGGCGCGUUUGGGUCGAAGGCGAAGAGGCAUGACCCGCUGAAGAGCUUCAGGGCCAGGACGAAGAAUGGGAAAUAGUAAAUUAAGGGACGGAUGUGUCGGGCGCUUAGCGAAUGAAUAUGAUAUUACAUGUCACAGAUGCACUCAAAGACGACUAUGAAGAAACUCAAGUGAUUUAUUGGUGGCCUAUUUCUGCCAUUCCUUUUCGCGUUUCAAAAUGUCGUUCACGGUGUCGACCACGCUGGUCUCUAGGGUCCAAUCCUUUUCAAGCACCUGGUAGCUCUUUUCAUUGUUCCAGCGCGACAAGUUAAUGCCGUCUGGCACAAUUUGGCUAGGGUUUCCUUCAGGCACCCUGCUUUUCAGCUCUGGGAAAUUCUUUCGAAUGAUGUUUACUACGAGCUGGGGAGUUAUAACCGCAAGGACCAACCCCACGCGCUGAUGUUGCGGGGCUGUCCAGAGACAGAACAUGUGCUCAGGGGACGUCUCGCACAUCAACCUGCCAUCCGUUAGCGCUUGGUUCCAAGAAAUACCAAUUAAGAAGAGUCUCAGCCAUACAAAGUGAUAGAACGGGAGUCCCCAUUCUCCAACUCCGGUAGUGGUUCCGUCCAAGAAAUUGUAGAUGGUAACCAUAUUCGUCUCAUUUAUUUUCUCGGGCGUGGAUACAUUAUGGAGCAUGGGCCCGAUGAUAACGUCUGGGUUGAUGACUGUCAAGUCGAAGCUGGUCUUGUUGUCCUCGAUGAACUUCCAAGCCGCCUUCUCAGCCAGCGUCUUGGCUGCACAAUAUCCAAAGAGGGGGUUUUGCUGCUCAACAGCCAUUUCCGCAGUGACCUGGCUCUUGAUUAGCAUCGUAAAAUAUGAGGUGGUGGGACUGGGUUACCGGCUCCCAAUCUUUCUCGCUAUAUGGGUCUCUGUUAUACUUGUAUCCUCCAUGGGGUUCACGAUCGCAGCAGAACUGCUAAGCAGCACGACCCGUUUGACCUGCUGUCCCCCAUACUCAUGCACACUCUUCAAGAGCGACGUUGUGCUGCCCAAUGUCAAUUAAUCGACAAAACUGGGACACUACACUUACCCCUGGACAGCAGGAUCAAUGAUCUCCUUCUGAAUGUCCUCAACAUUGAAGGUAACAGGGGAGCGGUGUGAAUGAUAUAAUUCAAUUUGCCUCCCUCCUGUUUGAUUGCCUCGUCGAAUGCACCUGGGACGGUGAAGUCUGAUAUAUAUACAAAUCUGACAAUGUCUUUCCACUCCGGAUGGGCAUCCAGCAUCUGUUGGGAUUUGGUCUUUGAUCUCACGGUCGCCGUUACUAGAUAUCCUGCCUGGAAAGUAUUUGCUGUUAGUAUUGCCUUGAGUUAUGAGAGACACGUGCUGUGCCAACCUUUAUUAAAUCGGACAAAAUAUGGCAGGCGACGAAGCCAUUGGCGCCGGUCAAAAAGACCUUCUGGAUACUGUGCGGCAUAUUGAUAUAUAUUUUCUUGUAAUAUCGAAUAUCUUUAUAACUCCUCCUUUGCUUUGUUGUGGUAUUUUCGGAAUAUAUGGUAAAAAGUCGUGAUAUCAUAUUAUACUAGCUUAUUUUAUCGCGGUUCCUCAAAACCAGGGGUAAGUAAGGGGUAACUUACCACAAUAAAUUGCACAUAAACUAUUAUGCACUAGCAGAAACGCUACAAUAUAAACGAAAUCGAAAUAAUACACGAAUUACUGAUGGUCGGAGCAAUGAGGGCCUGGAUACCAUGCUCUGUCACUGUCAUUGUGGCACUGAAGCCGCCCACAUCUGCAAUUGGCCAUUAUCCAACACGUUCAGAUAUUUCUAUUUCUAUUUGCUACCGAAAUUGCAGCAGAUUCGUUGGGAGAAGUAAAAAGGCGCCAUAGACUUUGAUCAGCUUGAAC